AUGGCAAUCAACGACCCAACAACGCCGUCGGUGCUUCCCAACGGCGCCCAUACCACCACCAAUGGAGACCUAGGCAACCACUCACACCUGGCCUCCAUCACAAUCCCCCUGAAUCCCGCCCCGGCCUACACGCCGACGCGCAAAUUACGUGUCAUCACCGUCGGCGCGGGAUAUUCGGGCUUGACACUCGCACACAAGUUCCAACAUCAACACCCGGAGUUACAGGAUCUGCUUGAGCAUACCAUCUACGAGGCACGCCAUGAAAUCGGUGGCACCUGGUUGGUGAACACGUAUCCAGGCGUGAUGUGUGAUGUUCCUUCGCAUAUUUAUGCAUUCCCGUUCGAUCCGAAUCCCGAUUGGAAUUACUUUUAUUCAUCUGGACAAGAAAUCUGGGAGCACAUGCACAAGACCGUCAAGAAGUGGGACCUCGACCGUGACGUGCGGCUCAACCAUCACGUUGUGGGCGCGUUCUGGCAGGAAGAUAGGGGACAAUGGUUGGUCAAAGUGAAGCAUGGCGAGAUAGAGACUGAAGAGUACGCCGAUAUUCUCAUCUCUGGACAGGGUUUCCUGAAUGAAUGGAAGUGGCCCUCCAUCCCCGGCCUGCACAGCUUUAACGGACAGAUUGUCCAUUCGGCGUCAUGGGACCACAACUACGACUAUAGCCACAAGCGCAUCGCCAUCAUUGGGAAUGGCAGCUCCGGUAUCCAGAUCUUGCCGCAGUUGGCCAAGCUCCCGGGUGCCAGCAUAACGAGCUUCCAGCGUGGUCCAACAUGGGUCGUAUCAACGAUGAAUCCAGCGUCUUUACUGGGCAAGGAUGACCCUGCGUAUAACCCACGGUACACCGAAGAGGAGAAGAGAAAUUUCAGGGAGAACAAGAAAGAGCACAAUCGAUACCGGAAAACGUUGAUCCACAAUAUUAAUGAUGGAUUCAAGAUGUUCGUAAAGAAUUCGCCUGAAAACACUAAAGUCCUGAAAUUGGCCCAGGAGCAAAUGGCCGAGAAGCUGAAGCACGAUCCGUUGCUCUGUGAACAGCUUAUUCCGAAGUGGGAGCUAGGAUGCCGACGUAUCACUCCGGGCGAAGGCUACCUAGAGUCAUUCCUCCGGCCGAAUGUCCAAUUGACACAAAGUCCCAUCACAGAGGUGACUGAGAAAGGUCUCCAUACUAUGGACGGUAAAUUCUAUGAGGUGGACGUCAUCGUUUGUGGAACUGGGUUUGACGUCUCCUACUGUCCUCGAUAUCCCAUUAUUGGACGCAACAAAGUCAGCCUCGGCGAGAAGUGGGCUCAAGAGCCACAGUCAUAUGUAUCGCUGGCCUGUCCCGAUAUGCCAAACUACUUCAUCUUUACUGGUCCUAACGCCACUAUUGGACAUGGGUCCUUGAUGGAGAGUCUCGGUUGGUCGGCUGAGUACAUGAUCAAGUGGAUCAAAAAGAUGGCCGAGGAGGACAUCAAAUCCGUGGCACCGAAGCAGGAUGUUGUGGACGAGUUUACAGCUUACGGGGACCAGAUUCAUAAAUUGCUGACGUGGACAGGAGCUUGCCGCAGCUGGUAUAAGAACAAUCGGGUCGAUGGACGUGUUACAGCAACUUUUGCAGGGAGCGCAUUGUUGUAUAGGAAGUUCAUCAGUGAGCUGAGACCGGAGGACUUUGAUGUCCGAUAUCAAAGCCCGAAUCGUUUCAGGUUCAUGGGGAAUGGAUUUUUGGCAUAUGAGCUGAAGAAGGGCAACGAUCUUGCAUGGUACGUGGAGAAGUAG